CCACGUCACCUUUAAGAGACUCGUGUGUUUGUUUUGCUGGAGCUGCUUCAACUGGCAUUUCUCAUGUCUUUUUGAUUUCGUCGUAUUUAGCGAGCUGUCGAUAUUCGCAGAAUGUUGACGACGGAGGAUUUCACGCACUUUCCGCUGCAAAUGUGGGAGAAGGUGCUGUCGAAGGUGAAGAAGGCGGUUGUUUUCAUGGACGACAGGUGUGCAGAGGCUCUCCACUGGAACGGAGGGGCUGCUGCCUUGUUGGAGGCUGGAGCCCGAAAUUUAAAGCAGUUUUCCAGCUUCGAAGCCUGCAGCGUGAAUGAGCCCAAAGCGGUGUUCGUGGUGAGCACUCUGUUGAAGGGGACAACCGUCGACAUCAUUAAAGACAUUAUAUCCCUCAGUCACUUUCAAUACUGUGUCGUUUUCACCACCGUUGCCCACUCUGUACAUCUGCUAGCGAACAAUGUCACAACAGAAAUGGAAGGAACCCCCGUGUUCGAGCAGUUUGAGGAGAAACUCUGCGAGUGGAUGGGAAACAUGAACUACACGGCUGAAGUCAUGCAUGUUCCAGUGGUCUUCGCCCCUGUAUCACAACAGUUGGUCAUCUUACCCCCGUUUGCUCAGCUGUUCCCCCUGCUCUCACCAGACCUGGAUACAAUCAAUGCAAAACGACCAGAGAAGAAGCGAUUUGGAAGCCUGGGUGAUCUAGACAUACACUCCCUCCCUGCUGAGCUGCAGAUUGAAAUCAAAUCCUUGGCUUCAGCUUUAAAUUCAAUGUUUGAGGCCACAAGUACGAGGGAAGAGAGCUUUGCUGUGGGUCCAAUGAGUCGCCUCAUAGCAGGGGAACUGGCCAAUCAUCCUCAAGCAAAAAAUCGAAGAAAGACAGCCCCUAACAAGGCAUCUAUCAUCUUUGUGGACCGAACAAUGGAUCUUACAGGGGCUGUUGGUCACCAUGGCGACAACCUAGUGGAGAAGAUUCUGACCGUGCUCAGACCUUUACCUGGCCAUGUGACAGAUGUGCAGGUGGACAUGCUGGAGCUCACAAGUCUGCAGCGAACCCCUGACUCCCAGAACACGCUGGCCCCUGGCUGUCUUGCACAGACCCAGCCAUCUGCAGCCAGAUCCCUGUGGGAGGCCAUGCUGACCAGUAAAUACAAAGAGAGUGUGAUGGAGGUCCGUCGGCAACUGGUGGAAGCAGCCAGCAAAGAGAAGCUGCCAAUCAAGAUGAGCAUGGGCCGUGUGACCCCUGAGCAGCUGUGCUCCUACGUGCAGCUGUUCAGAAGCAGGUGGGGGGCGCUAGAGAGUCACUGCGGGGUGCUCCAGCUGGGCCUGGCCACUUCCCAGACGCUCCGGCACCCCGGCCUGCCCCGCUGGGAUGCCUGCCUGGCCUUCGAGAGGCUGCUGCUGCAGGCUCUCGGAGAUUCAGAUUUCCCUGCUGUGCUGAGGCAGCUGCUGCCCUUGAUGAAGCCCCGCGGAGGAGAGGACAGCUCUUCCUCAGGGUCGAGGCUCGGGGAGGACGAGUGCGGGCCUGAUGAGCUGAUCCUCCUGCUGGUCUAUCUGUACUCCCUGGCUGAUGAGGCGCCGCCCGGAGACCAGGACACAGAGGCGGAGGAGCUGGAGAAGCUGGAGAGGGAGCUGAUAGGAGCACUCACCCUGGUCAUCACCCGUGAAACAGAGCUCAGCCCGUUGCUGCAGAAACUCACUGGUUGUGCCAACCCUGAGGAGCUGACCACAGAGCGAGCCCAUUCUGCAGUAGAGAAGAUGUUCGAAACCCUUGGAGGUUUGAUCCACACCAGAGACAACCUCAAGCAGCUGCGCUCCGUCUACACUGCCAGUGACGGGGUUCACCAGGCCACAUACCGUCCUUUUCUGCGGCAGAUCCUGGAGGAAGUCUUCCACCCCGAUCGACUUGAAUGUCCCGACAUCGAGCACAUGUCUGGAGGCCUCACAGACCUGCUAAAGACCGGCUUCAGCAUGUUCAUGAAGGUAACUCGUCCACAUCCCAGCGACAACCCUCUGCUGUUCCUCUUCCUGGUUGGUGGAGUCACACCUUCAGAGCUUCGUCUCAUCAAAGAGAUUGUGACCACACACAAGCCAGGGACACAGGUGCUGGUUCUCUCCACCAGAUUACUAAGACCGACAGAUAUCCCAGAGCUGCUGUUCAGCACCCAAAGACUGGCGCCCGAUAUCGGUGUCUGAGAAGGCUGUCACGUGGGAGACGCAGGCACGUGGACCAACACAUGCGCCGCAAACAUCUUGACAAAUGGGUGGAAGAAAUUAGAUUGCAUUGAAAGCUGCAAAGCGAAAUAAGGUGCAGAUGAAGCAACAUUCCUGUCUUGUUUGUGUCAGUGUCAGUAACUAAAAUCUGUCACUUUUCUGAGCACAAGGUGUCAAAUUCCGACAGCUACAACUCGCAUCAAAUGUUAAUAAAGGCUUUCCAGAGA